AUGGUAAGUUUAUGUGGUCGAGCCCCUCUCAAUAACAAGAUUGUUGGAGGAGAGAACGCGACGGCAGGUUCUUGGCCGUGGCAGGUCAGCAUUCAUUUCUCCUAUAUGGGCAUGGACUAUGGCCAUUUCUGUGGCGGGACUCUCAUCAAUAAAGACUGGGUGUUAUCUGCAGCGCACUGCUUCCAGGGGUUCAAUGCAUCUUACAUUGUGAUGUACUUCGGUCGUCUGAACCAAUUCGGCUCAAACCCUUAUGAGACAAACAGGACAGCGAGUCAAAUCAUCAACCAUCCUAACUUUAACAUUUCUAAUUUUGACAAUGAUAUAGCACUGAUCAACCUCUCCUCCUCUGUGAAUUUCUCUGAUUACAUUAAGCCGGUCUGUCUGGCAGCGGCUGGGAGUGUGUUUGGUGGAGGGACAGAGAGCUGGGUCACUGGAUGGGGAACACUGCAAUCUAAUGGCACUCAGCUUCCUAACACACUGCAGCAGGUGAUGAUACCAGUUGUGAAUAACAGUGCCUGUGCUAAUGCUUAUGGAGGGGUCAACAUAAGCAUCACAAGCAAUAUGAUUUGUGCUGGAUUGAUAAAUCAGGGAGGAAAAGAUUCAUGUCAGGGAGACUCUGGAGGUCCAAUGGCCAGUAAGAAAAGUUCCCUGUGGAUUCAGUCUGGCGUUGUGAGUUUUGGUCGAGGAUGUGCUGACCCCAAAUAUCCUGGUGUGUACGCCAGAGUCUCUGAGUAUCAGGACUGGAUCACGUCUUACACGGGCAGCAACCCGCCUGGAUUUGUCCUAUUCAGUGCAGCCUCCAACUUCGGAAGUGUUCCCAGCCUCCUCUUACUCCCCCUUUCUCUCACAGUCUCCCUCAUUCCUUUCUCCCUCUUCCUCGCUUCCUAAAGAGAGUGAUUGAACAGUAAUUCUCAGGUUUGUUUGAUGAAGAGGACAGUUGUGCUGUAAAUGCUCUCAUGGUCCUGGAGAAAAGCAAGACACAUUGAGAAUAUUCUGCAUGUAACUUAAUUUGAAGGCAGUAAUUGUGUAGUUGGUGAUUCUGUAGUUACAGUAGCUGAUGCAUGUGAGCUAUUGCUAGCUAACUGUUAAUUGCAAGAGAUUUACUAUUCAC